AUGGGAGAUGCUGAGAUUGCAUACUUGUCAUGGUUUGGAGAAGAUUUGUCGGGAGAAGAAAAAUGGGUGGGUGGACCUUCCAAUGGUAAAAAGAGAGGUAACAAUGGGAGUAGAGGCAGUGGUACCGCCGAUGGUGGUAGUUGUGGUUGUGGUGGUGGUAUUGGUGAUGGGGAUGGCGACAAUGAUGGUGGUAACAAUGGUGGUAAUGGCAAUUGUGGUUGCGGUGGUAGUGGUGGCGGUUGUGAUUGUGGUGGUGGGGAUGGCGACAAUGAUGGUGGUGACAAUGGUGGUAAUGAAAAUUGUGGUUGCGGUUAUGGUUGUGGUGACAGUGGUGGCGUUUGCAGUAAUGGUGGUGGUGAUGGUGACAAUGCUGUUAGGGGGCGGUUGUUGUUGUGGUCACAAUAG